ACGCCGGAAAUGUAGUUUUGGAGGUAGAAGUGCCUGCUAGUUGUGGCGGUAAGCGUGUUGUCAUAUCAUGGGAGUUGCAACUGAGUUAUUGUUAGGAAUUAAUUUAGUCUAAAACAAAUGGGUCGGUAGAGACGGCUGAACCGGACACGUACCGGGUCUGGUUGCUCUCUGUAGAAACUGGUCUUCGAACUAACUUUAGCUGCUGAGUUUUUAGCUUCCUAGCUAUCUACACAAACACACACACACACUUCUGUGAUUUCGGAUAUGAUAACAGCCUGAACUCUUGAAAACCGAAGGUAAGUCUACCUCCAGUCUCUAAUUGGAGCAGAAGCCAACAUGUCUGGUUAUACAUGCUGUUUCAGCAGCUCUUGGAGUGAAACUGCAUUUUAACCUGUCAACCAUAUGCUUUAUAGUCUAUAGCGGAAAUGCCAUAAAGUAAGUUUGUGUUUCUUUUCCCCUCCAAAACUCAAUCUAAUGUUUGUUUUUUGAUUUGCUGAGUGUUUUAGCAUGUUAGCAGAUUAGCCUGGACCUCCGAUCAUCAUUAUUAACUAAAGCACUUAAAGAUUAACUUUCAUUUUGAACAACUUUAAUGUUACAGACAUUUCUUCUGCCUAAUUUUGUUAACAUUACAGAGGUCAGAGGUCAUGUUUCUCCACAAUGAACCCAGUCCGCAAACGCCUCAAGUUGAGCCCAUCCAAACCACAUCAGAUCCUUGGCAGCACCAGCACCACCCAGAAUGUUUGGCCACCUCAUGACGCUUCGUUGCUGCCAGCAGCCAGUGCAGGAGUGGAGGUGGAGGUGGAGGAGGAGGAGGGUCACCUACUGGUGGAGGAAGACACAACUGACUCCAGCCUCAUUAUCACCAUGGAAGACAAUCAGAUGGAAGUUAAGACAGCGAGGAGAAAAGCAUUGAAAAAGAAAAAGCAGACACUGGAUGAGGAGGAAGUUAGUGAGAAGAGCAGAACCUCAGAAACGGAAGAAGAGGAGGAGACCAGAGUGGACGUAGAGAUCGACAGACAGCUGGACCAGUCCCUGGAGACAAAGUCCAAACAACACAAUCUCACUGCUGUGAAUGUGAAAAACAUCAUUCAUGAAGUGAUCACUAACGAGCACGUGGUUGCCAUGAUGAAAGCCGCCAUUAAUGAGACCGAAGCUGUCCCUCCAUUUGAGCCUAAAAUGACUCGAUCCAAGUUAAAAGAAGUGGUUGAGAAGGGAGUGGUGAUUCCCACCUGGAACAUCUCCCCCAUCAAGAAAUGCAACGACGCAACCAAGGCUCCUCAGUUUGUGGACAUCCCACUGGACGACGAAGACUCCUCUGAUGAAGAAUAUCGUCCUGAUGAAGAGGAGGAGGAUGAGACGGCUGAAGAUACGUUCCAAGAGAGUGACAUGGAGAGCACAGCUUCGUCUCCCAGAGGGAGUCGAUUGAAUCGAGUGGAGGAGGACAGCUGCAGCCCCUGGCAGACUUCUCGAGCUCGGUCCAGACGGUUGAAGGUGGGGUUAAUGGGACCUCCCCCUCCCCCCAAAGCCCCGCCUCCUAAAGGGAUAACUGACAGCAUCUUCCUGGAGAGACUACAUGCUGUUGAAGAGGAGCUGGCAGAUUGUAUGGAGCCCUACCAGCCCAUGUCUGAGUCUGAGGAAGAAUCUGGUGUGAUGGCAUGCCGGACUCGGUCCAAGCGUCCUCUCCGGAAUGUCCCACUGGGUCAGCUGGAGGCGAAGCUCCAGGCUCCUGAUAUAACUCCAGACAUGUACGACUCCAGCUCUGCUCCAGAGGACAAAGACUGGACUGACUGGUUGAGGGGCCUGAUGACUUCAGAUGUUGAUAAUGAAGAAGAGGGUGAUGACGAAGACGAUCCAGAGUACAACUUCCUUGCAGACACUGAUGAACCCGACUUGGAGGAUUACCGUGACGACAAGGCAGUCCGCAUCACAAAAAAAGAGGUGAAUGAGCUGAUGGAGGAGCUAUUUGAAACGCUGAAAGAAGACCUGGCUGGUCAGGAAGUGGAUGAGGAAGGCCAUGAGGAAGAGGAGGAGCCACAGGAGGAAGCACUUACUGUUCAGACACACACACUUGAAGACCGAGACAUAGGGGCAGCUGAUGAGGAGGCAGACGACGGACCAAUCACAGAGCUGCGUACGGUGAGGCAGCAGCUGGAUUUGAUCAGGAGGAGACGGCAGACAAAUGCUUUCUACAACAUACAAAGUCCAGAACCGUACAUGCUGAAGCUCAAUGCCCUGCAGAAGCAACGGCUGCAGCAGCAGCUUCAACAGCAUGUCCAGCUGCUGAUUCAGAUUCACCUGCUGACUUCACCUGUCCCCAAACUGCACGGUGAAGCCGAAACCACCCGGCAGUUCCUGUUUGAGUUGGACAUGUUGGCUCAGAGAGGCGAGCUCAUUGGGUCUGCAGGUUGUCCGGGUUUCCGCAGCGCCUUCAGAGCCUCCAACCUCCAGGAAGCGCUGGAGCUGCUGGAGGAGAUGCGACAGACUCCCAUCAAUUAUCAGCCACAGCGUCACAAGCCUGACGCAAGAGGGCACAUGCGCUGUUUCCCUGUCAUGCCAGCUGAGCUGGCCUGGUUAUUUGCCACUCGUCCGGUGUUCCUCCACCCAGAGCUCCUGCCCUCUGCCAGCCUGGAUCCUGCUAUGUACUGCCCCCGCAGGACGGCGGCUUUCACGUCAGCUGAGGACUGUCUGCUGGUGCUUGGCCUAAGGAACAUGGAAGGGGCGUGUGAUUCACCAAAGCUCGUAUCUCAGUUCCUGCUGAGGAAAACUGUGGUGCAGGUCAGACGAAGAAUCCUGCAGUGUUGCAGACCGGGUACUCCUGACAACAUCGUCAAGACCUUCAGGUAUCAGCAGGUUGUGCGGCCGAUGCCAGUAGCCUGCCGCCAUGUUGAUCCUGUGACGCGACGCCCACCUGUGGAGAGAGAAGAGGACAUCCUGCCUCUCUGGCUCGUGCGGAGCCUCCCUGUCAUUUAUCCCACCAUCAGACACUUCAACAGUCCUGCUGGCCCCAACCCGGAGGUCCCGCCCUCCUGCAGGAGGACCAAGGCCCGCCACAGUCAUUUGGCCUUUGUGCGCUCUGCUCCUGCCACCUACACCUUCCCACCUGAGACCAAAUACCCACCUCAUCUCCCCAAGAACCUAGACUUUAAGCGCUUGGGCUUUGUCCUGAUCCAGCAGCACCUCCCUUCUCCUCCUCAUGACUCCUCUCAGUUCUCUGAAGCUCCUCCCAACUCCUCCCCACCAAGUUCACCUCAAGCCCCCUUGCAGCGCCUCCUUCUGUCCAAAGCUGCUGGCAUGAGAACUGCCUCCACUGUCUCCAUGGUAACCAUGGAGCAAAUUCGACAUCACUCUCAAACGCUUGCUGGAUUGAGGAAGAACAAGAGGGCGGCUGCUGCAAGGAAACGUUACCCAAACGAAGAGGAAAAGAGGAGGAGUGAUGAUGGAGUUGCUGCUCUUUCUCCUCCUGAAGGUCCUGCCUCCAUACAGGAGAUGAGUGAUGAUGUCAUCAGGGUGAGUGAAGAAGAGGUGGAGGAGGAGGGUGAGGUACUCCUGGCCCUGUCUGAAUCUUCGCCCAGUGCUUCAGGAAGUGUCGCUCAGGAUGACGACCUGGAUGAUCCAAAGGAGGCGGAAUCAGGAAGUGAACAGGAAGUGACUUUGAUCCCAUAUAAAGUAGCAGAAGAUGAUGAAGGAGACAAGUUUUCAGAUGGAUCCAGAUCGUCUGUCAGCCAGCAGAAGGAAGAACAGUCUUCAGAAGAAACGGACGACGAUGAUAGCGAUGGUGAUGAUGACGAAGACUAUCAGAGGGAGUCUGAGGAUAUGGUGUUUGCUCAAGAUUAUCUCCAGCGAUCCUGGCCUCAGCUACUCAAAGACUUUGCUGCCUUCCUGAACCACAAACAGGCUCGUAGAUGUGGACUGCUGUUGGAGCAGCAGCUGUUUGAACACAGCAGGCGGUUUCUACGGCGACUGGGGUGGAGUCUGGGAGAAACCUCCUCAAUCUACCAACAGGUGGUUUCUCUGCUGCAGGGAGGCUCCACCCCCUCAUCAGAGGACAUAGACAAGGUCUCCUCUCUACUCAGACACCAUCCAGACCUGCAGGAGGAGGUCCAGGGUUUCUUCCAGCAGCUCCACACCGGUUCGUCCAAAACCACUAAAAUGAACUCCGCAACCCAGAAUGCCCAUGACCAGAAGACGACGGUGGUCAUCAAUACUCCACUGGGAAGUGAGAGUGAGGAAGAGAGGGAGCAGCGAGCCGUCUGUGCUAAGAACAUCACCGUGACGUCUAAUGGAGAGAAGGUCAUCGUCUGGACUCGUGAGGCUGACCGCAUCAUCCUUACAUCCUGCCAGCAGAGAGGAGCCAACAGAGAAACAUUCAGACAAGUGUCUUCCCAGCUGGGAAAUAAAACUGUGCAACAGGUAUGUCUUCGUUUCCAGGAGCUCAUGAAGCUUUUCCUCUCUGCAUCUCAAAAGUCCACUUCCUGUUCGCCGGAGGGCCAGCCGCUGAGCAGACACAGCGUAGCUCCUGACUGAACCAGAAACCUAAAGAAAGGCCUUAUUGAUCACAAAGCGGGCUUCUGAGCGAGGAUUACUUCAGGCUUGCACCACAGGCUAGGGCUGUUUCAGUUCCUGAUUAUCUCUUAAAUGUCACCAGAAUGACAAAUAAACUCUGACCUGCUGAAUGAACUGGUCAUGUAACGAUCCAGACUACGUGGAAAAGACUUCUAGAUGAAGUCUGUUUGAAUUCCACUGAGAACACAUUCAGAUAGUAUUUGUUGCCUAAGUGAGUCAGCCACACAUGUAGUAGUAAUAACCAAUAUCCUGUUAUUAUAAAAAAAAGCCAUAUUUCUUUAUCUCCAUCUAGAUUUGAUGGCUGAACAAGAGUGUUCCUUCCCAGCUUUAGGCCUGAUAUCUUCACUGUUAAUGCCUCAUGAGUAAUUCAGUUUGUCUCUGAGUUCAGGUGUGAUGCACUCAAAACAGGUGAGACUAAAACCUAACCUGGUCUGUUGAAGUCUGGUGCAGAUGUUUGUUGUUUUUAUAUUUUACAUCCUGCUUGCCAAGCAGUAAAAAUCACUAUACCAUGUUUAACUCUGAACCAACUUUUGUGGAUUAUUUUUAUUAUUACAUGAAUUUAAAAAGUAGCUUCCUCUUUAGUUUGAACAGAUUUGGUUUUAUUAAAAUCUGAAAUUGUUCUGGGCAGAUUGUCGAUAAUCUUCUGCAGUUUUGAUUCACUUGCGUCAUUUUUUUCAAGAAGUUAUGAAGGAGAGUGGGGAGCGUAGUUUGUCUGAUUGUGGUGUUUGUUAACCUCGUUUCCAUGUUCUGGAAGGAUGCGCCUGCAUUCUGCGAUGGUUAGGAAAUGUUUGUUUAUUCACAUUGAAUAUGAAUGACUCCAAGUCAUAUUUAAUAAAGAGAUUUUAUUUUUACAUUUCCCAAUUAA